AGGCUCAAGACAGUCACUCAUUCUGCAGUAACUGUGGUCACAGAACUUGUCCUCAGCCGUGUUUGUGCUACCAGGAAAAAUGGCCACCAAGUUGACACAAGAGCAGAUUGCAGAGUAUAAAGGAGUUUUCGAGAUGUUCGAUGAGGAGGGGAACGGAGACGUGAAGACGCAGGAGCUGGAGAGACUGAUGAGUUUAAUGGGGAUCAAUCCUACGAAGAGGGAGCUGUGUCAGAUGGCCAAAGACGUGGACAAGGAUGGUAAAGGGAUUUUCAACUCUGACAGUUUCCUGGGUCUGAUGGCACUUUACCACCAAAGAACCAAGAACCAGGACGCUGAACUCAGAGCUGCUUUUAAAGUGUUUGAUAAAGAGGCUAAGGGAUAUAUUGACUGGAACACGCUCAAAUAUGUACUGACGAACGCAGGGGAACCACUUAAUGAGCUCGAAGCAGAGCAGAUGAUGAAGGAAGCUGAUAAAGAUGGAGAUGGAGCCAUUGAUUAUGAAGAAUUUGUGGCCAUGAUGACCGGGGACCUGUUUAAAAUGAGCUGAAGAUUCAUUAAGAGAAACAACUGUCUCUUCUCUGCAGCAGUUUUCUGUUUAUGUUCAGGUGACACAUGAUUGUAAAACAAGAAGACUGUCACAAUCACAGAUCCCAGCUCUGUGAAUUAUUGUACAAAUCCUUUACAUCAAAUGAAUAAAUAAAGU